AUGUCUGCGGAUCAAAAUAAAUACAAUAUCCAGGGCUACAAUCUGGUGACGUUGCUGAAGCGCCUCGAAGCUGCGACUUCUCGUCUUGAGGAUGUCACUAUUUUCCAGGAAAGCUCGCUCAAGAACCUUGAAAAAUCGGCAAUUGAUACGGCUGAUACUCCCUCAGGCUCGUUGACUGAAGGCACCACCAAAGCCAUUGGUUCCGCUCCAUCGGUACCAUCAACCCCUGAUUCAGGAGCCCCAGAGCCUAAUGUUGCGGCAGUUGAAAUUCCAAAAUCUAUCAAGGCCUUUGAUGAUUUCAUUUCGUACUCAAUUGACCCAUUUGUUGCAGUUUCGGAGAAAAUUGACGCCGUUGUCGGUAAGCAAGCCCAGGUUUUCAAGGAUGCUUUUAUCGGGGAACGCAAGUUCCUCUUAGCGGCCUCUCUGUCCAAAGAAGUGCAGCCUACCGAUCCUGUUUUUGGUGAGGCUUUGAGCCCAAUCAGCACUUUGAUUGGUGAAACGGUUAAAAUCAAGGAUGAGAACAGAAAGUCGCCUUUUUUCAACAACUUGAACACCGUUGCUGAGGGUGUGCCAGUCUUGGGCUGGGUGGUCACCAAGACCCCAGUCUCUUUCAUCCCAGAGUAUAAGGAUUCUUCGUUAUUUUGGGCGAACAGAAUCCUGAAGGAAUUCAAGGACAAGGAUGAGUCCCAGGUUGAAUGGGUCAAGUCUUUUUUGAAAAUCUUCGAUGAUCUGAAGGCAUACACGAAGGAGUACCAUACUACAGGGCCCACUUGGAACCCCCAGGGUGGUUCUUUGGCUGAUGCUUUGCAGGAAACAUCAGCCUCGGCCGUUUCAGAUGCUCCUGCUCCUCGUGACGCUUCUGCUGCCCCUGCACCUGCUGCGGGUGGUCCACCACCACCUCCACCUCCUCCCCCAGCAUCGGUAUUUGAGACCUCUUCUGCUCCGGCCCAAGAGGUUGGAAUGAACGCUGUGUUUUCUGCACUUAACCAGGGAGAGAAAAUCACCUCUGGUCUCAAAAAGGUCGACAGAUCUCAGAUGACCCACAAAAACCCUGAGCUUCGUGCCUCGUCACAGGUCCCUGCUAAGAGAUCCUCUCCAGUGCCCCCAAAAAAGCCAACUGGUUUGACCAACAAGAAGCCAGCAAAGAAGGAGCUUAUAGACACCAAAUGGCUGGUUGAAAACUUUGACAACCCCGGUGAAGUCAUCACCAUCGAGGGCGAGAUGCACCAGAGCAUUUUCAUAGGUAAGUGCUCCAAUACCGUUGUUCAGGUCAAGGGAAAAGUCAACGCAAUCUCUAUAAGCGAAUGUAAGAAGGUUGGACUUGUUGUUGACCAGCUGGUUUCCGGAGUGGACGUGAUCAAGUGCUCUGGGUUCGAAAUCCAAGUUGUGGACAAGAUCCCUCUGAUCUCAAUCGACAAGUCUGAUGGGGGCCAGAUUUACUUGAGCAAGUCGAGUUUGGAUGUUGAGAUCUACACUUCAUCCACCACCGCGUUGAAUGUGAACGUUCCUACUGAUGGAGAAGAUCUGGCAGAACUGCCUAUUCCUGAACAGUUCAAGCACACGUUCGGAGCAGACGGAAAGAUCACCAGCACAAUCGUAGAACAUGCCGGUUAG